CGUAAUUUAUGUUUAUGGUAUUUACGUGCUAGACAAAGAGGGAAAUAGUUUGCGGGGUUUUGGGGAGGUCAAAUCAUCUGUCAAAUGUCAAUCAUUUUGAUUGGAAUUCGGGUGAUUUUAAUUGAAAUGCAGUGAAUUUGUUUUAAGACUUAAAACAUUAAUGCCUCAAACAACAAAUUUAUUCGGUUUUUUGGUUCGCGUAUCAUGAAUUUGCGUGUAAUUGGAGACGAGUGUUUACAUUUUAGCUGUGUUAUUGGAAAUUUCUGGCCUUUAACGUACAGAUUGAGAGGAAUUUGUACAGAUAUUAAAGAAAAAAUGUAACAGACAGGCUAGACUCGAUAUUAACAUUGAAGAAUUUAUAUUCAUAGUAUUGUUAACUUGAUUAUUUAUAAAUCUUCAAAAUGAGAUAAGUGAGUGAAAAUAUAUGACAAUGUUUAUAUAAGACUAUACAACCAUAAAAUAUGAUGCUUCGAGCUUAUAGUAUAAUAUGUGUUGUUUAUAUGAGUAAAAAAUACGAUGAAAAGUCCUAAAAUACUUAAAAGAUAGAUUUUAUUACUAAAAAAUGGACCAAGUAAGUCUUCCGUCGGAUUUUUUGAACGAUGAGGAGCAUGUUUCUUUGGACCCCAAUGUCCAAACCGCCUUGGCGCGGAUGUCUCAAGAAAACGGAUGUUGGAACAAAUUUGUGCCCAUACCUUUUGAAAGAGCAUCGAAAAGGAGCUGGUGGGAUCCAACUUUUGACUCUGAAGUUUUAGAAGAACAAUUUAAAAUUAGCUCAAAUCGACAUAUUUUGUACAAAUUUAGAUUCGCUUUACUAUAUAUGCUGCUGGUCUCAUCAACGUGGUUUUUAUACUUUUUACUCUUCGGACUGAUAGUGAAGGACGAAACGAAAAAAUAUUUUUAUAUAUCAGGCCUACUUUUCUUGACAAUCAUAUGUAUAGGAGCGACGAUUUUUUUCACCUCGCGAAAACUGUACCACAAAAACGUUCACAACAUCUCGAUUUUCAUGGCCGUGCUGCUGAUCGUGCUGUCGCUGCUGAUCCUGAACAUGGUGCAGCUGAACGCGCAGCUGCCGCUCGGCUAUUUCGCCGUGUGCCUGCAAGUUUUGAUCAUCAUGUACGCGCUCUUUCCCCUCAAACUCUACAUGUGCAUCCUGAUCGGCGUCGUUUUUUCCGUGCUCUUCGAAGUGUGUUUUUCCUCCUCGAUCGUCAACGGAAAAAGUGACUUUAGUGAGGAAAGUGGGAGCUUACCGCACCCGGCUCUACUGGAAAAUACUAGUUUUUAUAUCAACGAAAAUGCUCAGAUCGUUACUCAGAAGUUUCAAGAUCCUAGUCAUAGUCUUAGUACCCUCUACAUUAUAAUAAUAAAGAGCCUAACGCAUUUUGCAAUCCAUCUCAUUGGAUUGCACAUAUACUUGAUGUCGAACGUGCGAAUGAGAAAUACAUUUAUGAAAGUCGGUUUGUCGUUGCUGGUGCGGAAACAACUGGAGCUGGAAAAAAAGCUGAAGGAAAACAUGAUACAUAGCUUGAUGCCGAAAAGCGUGGUGGAUAAAUUGAUGAAGGACAACGAGAGCAACGACAAUCUGGAAGCGAGAAGGAGGAGCUCGCAGGACACCGGAAACGACAUCAAGUCAAUAUUCAGGCCUUUCAACAUGUCCAUCAAGGAUAACGUCAGCAUUUUGUUUGCCGACAUUUGCGGGUUUACGAAGAUGUCUAGCAACAAGAGCGCCGAAGAACUGGUCGACAUUUUGAACAACUUGUUCCAGCGGUUCGAUUUGCUGUGCAAGAAGAAUAACUGCGAGAAAAUUUCCACCCUGGGCGAUUGUUAUUACUGCAUCAGCGGGUGCCCUGACGAUAACGUGGACCACGCUAAAAAUUGCGUGGAAAUGGGUCUGCACAUGGUCGAGGCGAUAAAAGAGUACGAUAACGAAAAAAAGCAGGGUAUUAAUAUGAGAGUUGGCAUUCACACUGGAAAAGUUUUAUUUGGAAUUGUGGGCACGAAACGUUUUAAAUUUGAUGUCUGGAGCAAUGAUGUAACUUUAGCAAACAGAAUGGAGAGUACAGGGAAACCCGGAAUGGUCCACAUAUCGGAAAAAACGCUCAAGUUUUUGGACGACAUGUACUACACCGAAGAUGCAGAACCCGUUUUUGGUUUGGAAACGUACUUCAUUCUCGGCAGAAAAAGCACGAGAACGCCGAGCUACAGCGGGAGUUUUAGAGCGGAAGGCCGGCAAAAGUACACGAAUUCGCUGCAACUGUUCGUGACCACUCCGUCCGACACGAACUCCCUCUCUCCGAUGAACCACUCGAUGUCGCCGCAGUCGCGUCCUCGGGUGCUCUCGUGCGACACCAGCCCCAACUUCGUGCGAUCGCUGAGCCCCUCGUACAACCCGAACCUGCUGUCGCCGAACACGUGCGGCAAGAUCAAGGCCAACAGCUUGCCGAGCAUCUUGGACACGGAGGAUCAGAAUCAGGAGAUCGUGGUGGUGAACAAUGCCAAAGAGUGCAUGGAGAUCGACGACGGCUGCCUGAGUAAAACGAAAAAUCACAAGUUCGUCGGGAAAAGGAAAAACUGGAAGAUGCCCAAGUUUAUCAGGAAAAGUUUCGAUCAAAGGCAAGACCCGAUUUUGCCCGAUGCUGUAGUUGUUGAUGGUGGUUAUCAACAAGCGAACUUGCAGGUGCCCACGAUCAUAGAGAGCAACAGCAGCGGCGGCGGCGGUUAUCCGAAUGGCAGAAAGGAGGUGGCGAUAAGCGUGCAGGAGAAUUCGGAGGGCGAGGAGCAGGGCACGAUCGUCGACGUGAAAUCUUACAUCAGCCAGUCGCGCUCGGACAUGGUCGGCAUUUUCGACUACAACGCGAGCGAUUUCAUCAGAGGCGGCAGCUACCGCUCGCAGUACGGCAGGAGCUCCAAGAACGAGUUCAACUAUUUGAACAGGGCCAACAGCAACAGGUCGAGGAGGGAGCGAUCUCCGAGCAACAUCGAAUGUUUGGAGCCGACUCCUCGCACCAGGAGCGCCACUGUGGUCUUGGGCACGAACAACUUCUCUUUUAAUCGACCCGCGCAAAAAAGAUCUCUCGACUAUUCUCCAAAACUUUCCAGCAACGCUGUAAUGGACGACUGUUCGAUCGCCAACAGUCGCAAGGAUUCGGGUAUCAAAAGCAACAGCAGGAGAAGCAGCAUACAACAGCUUGAUUCCACCAACAAUUCGGACCUUCUGCAACACCGCGUUUCCGGAUAUUACACCUCCUCCCAGAGCACGGUAAACUCCCCGAAUGGAGCGAACAUUUCCUGCAAAGUAGCAGGACAUUUAUCGUCCUUGAACACCCAUUCAGGGGUGUUUUUCGACAAAAGCGGCGUUUGUAUACAAAACUUAAGGAAACAGAGCGAUCGACAGCUUAUAAAGUGCGUGCAGGACAACAGCAAGUCGCAGUCGAAUUACUUCAUAAAACCGCCCUUGUCGAAAAUCACGUUGUACUUUAAGAAUAGAAACAUGGAGGAUGAUUACAGACAAAACGUUCAUCUGGUAUCUCCUUUUGAAACUCUCGCGAACUCGAAAUUCAACACGUAUUUGGACGUUUUCGUGAGUUUCGUCGCGUUUCUCUUCAUAUCUUUGGAGUUACUCCUUUUCUACAACAUCACCAUAUGCUGGUCGGUCGCGUUUCUCAUCAUGCUGUUCCUGCAAAUAUUGGGCUCGUUUUUGUGCUGGAACAGAAUCAUAUUCUACUUCGAGAAGAUGCACUUCAUGACCAGCUUUUUCCAGUGGAACUUAUACGGAACCCUAUUGGUUAGCUUGCCGAUGUUUCUCACCCUAAUCAACUUCGUGCAGGACCAAAACAUCUCCUACAAUCAUCUGCACGUGUACUCGUACAUUUUGUUCCUUUCUCUGGUGCAUUUUUGCAACUUCACCCAGGUUAACUGCUGGGUGAAAAACUUCGUCGCCAUCCUGUGUUGCCUCCUAUUCGUCUCGUUGAUAUUGCACAAUCACGCGAUCAGUAGUGGUUUGAACGUUCCUACUUCCUCGCAAAUAAACGAAACGUCGUCAUCGAAUAUCAGAAGAGUUGAAAGAAGCGUUGAAGAUGUAAUCGAUAGAUAUUUUUUAAACGAUACCUUCGAGGUGCAAGAACCGGUACCGAUCGUUUUCUUUUCCAAACCGAGUACUUCGAACGACACCAACUCGAGCCCAGCACCAACCGCAACCAACGAAAACCCCCGUUUGCAAGACAUCCCUCACAUGCUGGAGUUGUUCGUCAAUUUGAUGCUGCUCCUGAUUCUGGUGUUCUUUUUGAAUCGAGAGUUCGAGAUCGGUUAUCGGUUGUCCUUUCACGCCAACUACGUCUCCAAUAAGGACAAAAUCCACAUCGAAACGCUGAAAAAUCAGGCCGACUACUUGAUUUACAACAUCGUUCCCGAGCACGUCGCCGAAAAAUUGAAGAAAGACGCCAAAUAUUCGGAGAAUUUUAAGAAUGUUGCCAUCAUAUUCGCCAGUAUCGUCAAUUUCAAUGAUUUGUACGACGAAACUUACGAAGGCGGUAUUGAGUAUUUGCGUGUGCUCAACGAACUGAUCAGCGAUUUCGACGAGUUAUUGGAUCGUCCGGAGUUUUGCAGCGUGGAGAAAAUCAAAACGAUCGGUAGCACUUUUAUGGCCGCCUCCGGCCUAAACUCCGACCUGAGGGGCCGGCAACGGGACAAAAACGAACACCUUUUCGCUCUGAUGGAGUUCGCGUUGGAACUGCAAAACGUCGUCAACGACUUCAACAGGGACCUGUUGGAGUUCAAUUUGAUUUUGAGAGUUGGUUAUAAUAUUGGCGACGUCACUGCUGCAGUCAUCGGCAAUACAAAACUGUAUUACGACAUUUGGGGCGACAGCGUGAACAUCGCAUCUCGAAUGGACUCGACGGGGGUGAAUGGGCACAUACAAGUGGGAGAAAAUUGCUUGGAGUAUUUGGAGAAAAAGUACGAUUUCGAUGCGCGAGGCCCCGUCUACGUAAAGGGAAAAGACCACAUGAACUGUUACCUCCUGAAAAAAAGAAGAACGUCGGAUUUUUUGUGCGUGCCGACGAAUUGAAAACAAAUCAUUUUUCUUUGAAUUCUUGAUUCAGUAUUAGCGAAAAAAACAGGUUUGUUGUGCAGCAGCCCAAAACAAUUAAACUAAUAACUGUGAUACAAUUAUAGCUACAAUAAUUAAUAUUUAAUUGAAUAAACAAGAAAAAUGGCACAUACAUAUAUUUAUAUUAUUUAUUUAAUAUAUUUGGAGCGCUGAUUUUAAAACGUGGGAAAUGUUCUAUUGGGCAGUUUCUAGCUUUAUGAUAUUUUGCAUUAUUGAUUAGAUUGUGAAACCAAAGAAGUAAAAUUUUAUUACACACUUUUAACUGAAAAAUUGUACAUACUUUUUCUAAUAGCAAACUGACUGGAACAUUUUUAUAUACCUACCUACAUAUGGACCAUUUAUUACAAAAUACUUAUGAAUAAACGAGCACUUCAAUCUACAUGUAUAUAGGCUGAUUCAUUAAGGUGAGAAAAAAAUUAGGAUGAAAUUCCUUUUAACCUGUUUUUGUUUCCACUGUAUCUCUUAGAUCAAACGUUUCCGAAAAAUUAUUGAUAGGAAGAUUUUUAAUUUCAUUUAAUCUCAUCCUGAUUUUUUUCGCAAUAUUAAUGUAUACCUACCUAUGCAUUUAAUGCCUUUAAUAUGUAUACAUAAUACAUAUGGAUUUUUCCAUAGCAAAUUGCUCGACCUUUUUUUUAUAUUCCCAUUAAAGAUACUUUUUGAUAUGGGCAAUUUGUUAUGGAAUGGCCAUAGUCCUUUAAUGGAAUAUCGCACAAUACAUUUUUCAUUAAUUUUUUAGUUGUAGCCAAUUUGUGAUAUUAUUUUGUGCAUUUUAAUUAAUUAAGCUUUCCUUGUUAUUUUUUCAUUAUCUCUGUUGUGUUUGAAUGAUGCCACCAUUUAAACAAUCAAAAACUUUGCCAUUUUUAUCUCUGAGAUGCUUUUAAUUUUUGCAUUUAUAUUUGCAUUAUUGUGUAAUUGUAUGUCAUUGACUAAAUCAUUUUCUAAAUUUGUAGUAAUAAUUAUUAUUAAAGAGGUUGUCAAUGUUCCUAAAUUAAAUUUAUUAAUAAAAAAUCACUAUACAUAUUGGAAAAGCUUUAUGUAGUAUACUAAACUAAAUACCUAACAGACUCGGUUUUAGUUUUUCUCUAUAGGUUUAUUUUUAUUGUUAUAUUUGCCCAUUUUAUUUUAAUUGUUAACGCUUUGUAAAUAUAUUUAUACAAAAAUAAUAGUACACACUUUUUAUUAUUAUUAUUAUUAUAUUUUCCUUCAAUGAGUACCUAAUUAUUGUAAUGUUUUUCAAAUCUGAAGAAAACAAAAAUCAAGUGCCUUCUUAAACUUUUGUUAUAUUAUACAAACUAAAUGAUUGUUAUAAUUUUGGCACCAUAUAAUUUUGGCAAAAAUAUUUAUUAUAAUAGAAUCUGACAUUAUUAAACUAAGA